GAGAUCAUAAUUUUUACAGGCAGAAACAAUGUGGGCAGAAGAUGAUUUGGGUCCAGGUGCUGCACCAUGCCUCCAAAGCCUCACUGAACCAUCUGAAGAUGGAGUCUACACAAUGUAUCAUGGCACAUCUAAAGAAGCUGCAGCAGGUAUCCUCAGAGAUGGCUUUAAUCAGUCUUCUAAAGGCAUGCUUGGGCCUGGUGUCUACCUCAGUCGAGAUCUAGCAAAGGCCUCUAGAUAUCCUCUGAAUCUACCUGACCAUGAGAGAGUGAUUAUAAGAGUCAAGGUUAGAGUUGGAAAAGUGAAAAAGAUAGACUCUCAGAAGCACCAAAUGCGAACAACCUGGCAUCAAAAGGGGUAUGAUACUGCCUGGUGCCCUCCAAACUGUGGCAUGGUGCCAAGUGGUCUUGAGGAAGACUGUGUUUGGGAUCCAAAACGAAUUACAAUCAUUGUUGAAUCUAUCCAAACAGCCAAAGCUCUUGUGUUUUGUUUUAAGGGGACAACUGCUGACUGUGUAAACAUGUGGGCUGAAAAUGACUUGGGUCCAGGUGCUCCAUGCCUGGGAAGCCUUAUUCAACCCACUGAAGAUAAGAACUACACAAUGUUUCAUGGCACAUCUAGGCAGGCUGCAGAAAGAAUACUCAUUGAGGGCUUUCGUCAGUCUGUGGAUGGUAUGCUCGGGCCUGGUGUCUACCUCAGUCGAGAUCUGCAGAAGGCCUUCAAAUACCCUCUGAACCUACCUGUGCAUGAGAAAGUUGUUUUGAGUGUAUUGGUCAACGUUGGUAAAGUAAUAGCGAUUAACUAUCAAGGACACCCAUUCCAGAAGACCUGGCAUAACUGGUAUAACACUGCCUGGUGUCCUCCAAACUGUGGCAUGGUGCCAAGUGGUCUUGAAGAAGACUGCGUAUGGGAUCCAAGACGAAUCAAAAUCAUUGGUUCAAGCAUGUGGGCUGAAGAUGAUUUGGUGGCAGGUGCUUCAAUAUGCCUCCAAAGCCUCACUGAACCCACUCAAGAUAGAGACUACACAAUGUACCAUGGCACAUCUAGAGAGGCUGCAGAAAAUAUACACAGAGAGGGCUUUCGUCAGUCUGCAAAUGGCAUGUUCGGGCGUGGUGUCUACCUCAGUCGAGAUCUAGAAAAGGCCUCCAGAUACCCGCUGGGUUUAGAUGAUAAUAAGAAGGUUGUUAUUAAAGUCAAGGUCAAUGUUGGUAGAGUAAUAAAGAUUACCUAUCAAGGUCAUCCAUGGCAGAAGACCUGGCAUGAUCAUGGGUAUGACACUGCCUGGUGCCCUCCAAACUGUGGCAUGGUGGCAAGCGGUCUUGAGGAAGACUGUGUUUGGGAUCCAAGACGAAUCACAAUCAUUGAUGUCAUUCCAUCAUGCCUGUUAUUCAGCAAAGAACCACAGAAAGAUAGUGUCUACAGGAUGUACCAUGGCACAUCUAGGGAGGCUGCAGAAAGAAUUAAAAAAGAAGGUUUUCGUCAGUCUGCUGAUGGCAUGCUUGGGCGUGGUGUCUACCUGAGCCGAGAUCUAGAGAAGGCCUCCAAAUACCCUCUGAAUCUACCUGAGAAUCAGAAAGUGGUUCUGAGAGUCAAGGUUAAUGUGCAAGUAGUAGCGAUUAACUAUCAAGGUCAUCCAUUGCAGAAGACCUGGCAUGAUCAUGGGUAUGACACUGCCUGGUGCCCUCCAAACUGUAGCAUGGUGCCAAGUAAUCGUGAAGAAGACUGUGUUUGGGAUCCAAAGCGAAUCACAAUCAUUGAUGUUAUGCGUAAAGGGGGAUAUGGUGUAAACAUGUGGGUCGAAGAUGACUUGGGUCCAGGUGCUGCACCAUGCCUCCAAAGUUUGAUUGAACCCUCUCAAGGUACAGUCUACAGAAUGUACCAUGGCACAACUAAGCAGGCUGCAGCAAGUAUAAUCAGAGAUGGUUUUCGUCAGUCUUCUAAUGGCAUGCUCGGUCGUGGUGUCUAUCUCAGUCGAGAUCUAGCAAAGGCCUCCAGAUACCCUCUAGAUGCCAACAUACCCAACCAUGAGAGAGUGGUUAUAAGAGUCAAGGUCAAUGUUGGGAGAGUGAAAAAGAUCGACUGUCAAGAUCACCCAAUGCAGAAGACCUGGCAUGAUAACGGUUAUGAUACUGCCUGGUGCCCUCCAAACUGUGGAAUGGUGAGAAGUAAUCUUGAGGAAGACUGCGUUUGGGAUCCGAAAAGAAUCACAAUCAUUGAUGUAAUCUACCCAAGAUAAUUUGGUGCUCCACCAUGUCUUGAAAGCUUUAUAGAUCCAUCUGAUGAUACUGUCUACAGAAUGUAUCAUGGAACAUCGAGGGAGGCUGCAGAAGAAAUUAAAGCUUAUGGUUUUAAUCAGUCAACUAAAGGCAUGCUUGGGCGUGGGGUCUAUCUCAGUCGAGAUCUAGAAAAGGCCUCCAGGUAUCCUCUGGAAGAACCUGAGAACCAGCGAGUUGUUCUGAGAGUUAAAGUCAAUGUUGGUAAAGUUAAGAAGAUCAACUAUAAGAAACACCCAAUGCAAAAAACUUGGCAUGACUAUGGGUUUGACACUGCCUGGUGCCCUCCAGAUUGUGGCAUGGUGCCAAGUGGUCUUGAAGAGUUCUGUGUUUGGGAUCCAGAUCGUAUCACAGUCAUUGGUGAAAUUUGUCCAAAAUUAGAGGCUCCGGAUGUUUGCAAUAUUUCUUAAGAUACAUUUGAAUAGAUAGUAGUCCUAAAAUGCAUUGUUGCUGUUUUUUAAAAAAUGUUUUAAGAAGUUUUGAAUACAAACUUCAUGUUAUAAAAAUGUUCAUAUUGUAUUUCAUGUUCUGACCCUGAAACUAUGUACAAACAAAUAAAACAUCAUUUAAACUGGU